AUGGCUCGCAACUUCGAGCUCCUCUUUGACUCCCUGGGACACUUCGGCAGGUAACAGGCUGGAGCGCCGAGGGCGAGGCAGCAGCGGCAGAGGAGGAGUGGGGUUGGAGAGUUGGAGGCGCUGUGGGUCUCCGGUCUGGCCCUCCGCUCCCCGGGCAGGGGCGGGGGUGGGGAUUGGCGAGGCGCGGGAGAAGCGGAGAGCUUCUUUGACUCGGGCGCCCGCCAGGGGUACGGGAGGGAGACACGUGUCCACCGCGGGGGAGCGAAGGUUGGCCACUUCCAGUGAAGGUUUGUUGCUAGUUUUGACUCUCGCCCUCCCUCCAAAAAGCGGGAAGCAGAGAGCGCGCUUCUCUUCUCCCGCUCGCGGCUUACCCUCGCACAACAACCUCGCGAAGUAGGCUAGGCUGAGAGAUGGUGGCUGUCCCCAAGGUCACCCAGUGAGCUUCAGGAAUGAAUGGGGAUUUGAACCCCGGUGUCUUCCCAGCUCAAUUCACUACAGCACGUUAAUGCAGCGUUUGGGGGCUUGGAGGCUAAUAAAAGCCCCUGUUUUAAAAUACCGGUGUAGGAACCCUUAAGGGAGUAUAUGUACUAUACUCUGUGAAAGCUCUUUUGGACAAACGACUAAAAAGAGGAAGUUCCCUAAAUUACGGAAAUUUCCCCCUUUAUCCCACAGGUCUGGUAGUGGUUAUUUUGCACGUGCUCCAAAAAAACUUCCUGUCAUUUAUGUGGCAUGAGCUCUGUGGGUAGGGUCCAAGUGAGCCUUGGCUCCCAUUCCCACAUGGGGAUGGAAUAUGCUGUUUGAAGGGGGUUGUGGAGGUUUUCUUCCUGCCCUGUGUAUGCAAAACACAUUGGGAGCUGCUUAUUGCAGGGGUGUGUGUAAGGAGGGGCUUGGCAAACCUGUGUCUUGGGGUUCUUUGAGUAUGCUCUCACCUCUAGGAAAUUAUCUCUACACUUAGGCAGGAAGAACCAGCUGCACAAAUGUAAGAUGGGGGGCACCUGGCUUGCCAGCUGUUAGCAUCUGUCUGUCUGAAGAGACAAUGGAGUGCGCCUCUGGGGGUGAAGUCAAACCGCUGGAGAAUCCACAGGGCCCACAGUGACUGCACAGACUGGUAACUGCUACCUCCCACAUUGUUUUGGCUGUUUUAGCAGUACCAAAGUAAACUCACUCGGGCACAAGCCUGGGCAGUGUGUAUAGAGGUCCUGAGCUGCCCAGAUGACAGUCAUUACUCUCUGCCUCGCUGAUGUGGUCCAAAGGAAAGCAGAGCAAACCAUUUGGCGCCAGCUUGGCUGCAGGAGGAGUACAAGGCCCAAUCCAACCAUCUUAGGGACACCACUCCAAAUUUGUGUAGGGUUUACUUCUUAGCCUUUUCUUCUCCUGAAUAUGUCCCGCAGGGCAGCUUGCCAGUAGUACACGUGAAAAGGAUCUUGGUGUCUUAGUAGACCACAAGCUUAACAUGAGUCAACAGUGUGAUGCAGCAGCAAAAAACAAUCAAAAACCCCUAAUGCUAUUCUAGGCUACAUCAACAGAUGUAUAGUGUUCUGAUCAAGGGACCUAACAGUCCUGUUCUAUUCUGCUUUAGUCAGACCACACCUGGAGUACUGUGUCCAGUUCUGGGCGGUACAAUUUAAGGAUAUUGACAAGCUAGAACAUGUGCAGAGGACGACCAAUAUGACAAAAGAUUAUGAGGAAUUGUUGAGGGUGUUGAGUAUGUUUAGCCUGGAAAAGAGGAGAUCUGAUAGCCAUUGUCAAAUAUUUAAAGGGUUGUCAGAUGGAGGAUGGAACAAGCUUGUUUUCCCCUGCUCCAGAGGCUAGGAUCUGAACCAAUGGCUUCUAAUUACAAGAAAGGAGGUUCUGACUAAACAUCAGGAGUAGCUUUCUGUCAGUAAGAGCUGUUUGACAGUGGAACAGUCUCCCACAAGAUGUGGUGGACUCUCAUUCCUUGGAGGUCUUUAAGCAGAGCUUCAGUAGCCACCUGUCAUGUAUAUUUUAGAUGAGAUUCCUGCAUUGGAUUCUAUGUUUCUUUGCACCUGUGGGUUCAGUUCCUAUUAAGUUUCUUUCUCUCUCUACAGAGUUUUUGCUUUUAGAGAGAGAAAUCUGAUGUACAGCCUUCUUGGUAGUUUAUUUAUUAAGCACAUAUUGUUGUAGUCUGGCCAGCUUAGUCACUGUGAAUGAGUAAUACAGGGUUUUAUUAAAAAAGAAUGUUGAUUUUUCCUGAAUGGGCAGUCUAACAUUGAGGAAUAGGACUCAGCAGGGAGGGGUGUGUGAGAGAGCCCGUAUUUUGGAGUUAAUGGGCACAUUAGUGGCUUGAAACAAAAUGAGAUUGCUUCCCCCUUGCUAUUAUAAACAGCAGAGGGGAUUGGGAUGUCUGUGCAUUUAUCUGUUUGGUUUCCCUACCCCUGCAUGCACACGCAGCUCCUAUUCAUGAAGCUGUCAUCUGUGCAUGCACAAUGGAUCUCUCAAAUGAACAGUUUUUCUUUUGGAUUGUAGCUGGUUUGAGGUAAAAUGCAUCAAAUGGCAGUAUUUCGCAAGGAGCUACAGGAGCGCUUUGUAUAGUGUGCGAAGUGUAUCGGGAUUAAAAAACCAGUGGUGGCUGUGCGCUAGAUCCAGAUUAAGCAGUGAUAUGUAAACAGCAAGAGACAGGGAGUUAGUGUAAACUAGGUGCAGCAUUGGGAGGGGGAUAUCUGAAUAUCUGCUGCCUGUUGUUCUUACUUCCAGUAGGGUUUAUCUCAAACUAAGCCAGCAAGUAAAUAAAUAAAUAUUAUCCAAAGGAAACAAGAUCUUGUAACACUGCAUCUGGAAUUUCACUUCUCAAAGCACCUUCUCCCUUGUGUGUAGAGGUGUAGGGGUACUCUGUUCUCCUGCCCUCAGCACAGGUAUGAUAAAUUAUAAUAAUAAUUUAUUAUUUAUAAGCUGUCCAUCUGACUGGGUUACCCCAGCCACUCUGGGAGGCUUCCAGAGCAUGUGUUGUCCAUGUCAGAUUUGAUAUUUCACUGGAUUAUACAGUGACCUCAUCGUGCUAAGCCAAACCUUGGCUCUUGGUUAGUCUGGAGAGAGCUUAACCAUGAGCCCAUGUUCUGAUUGCAUGCUAAGCCAAACCUUGGCUUACUACAGUGCAGCACAACAGCAAAAAAGAUAUGGGAGAAGCAAAACGGUUCUGAGUUCCUCGUUGGGAGCCUGCAUCCCACCACAGAUAACUGCAUAAAGCUUCUACAUAGAUGCUGUUAUUAUGAGUAUGUAUGGAUCUGGCUUAUAGUGAGACAGACCAUUGGUCUGUCUAACCCAGAGGUGUCUGAUGAGUAGUGGCUUUCCAACAUUAUUAUUAUUUAUUGAAUUCAUAUACUGCCCUAUGCCCGCAAUAUCUCACACCGGUGUUGCUUCUGGAUACCUUUUAACCUGUAGAUGCCAGUGAUUGAUCUUAGGGUGUUCUAUAUGCAAAGGAUGUGCUAUACCAACAAGCUAUGGCUCCUCUUCCAAUAAUUUGAAACAGACUCCUGAAAGCAGGAAAGUCCAGGAAAUGCAGACAUUGAACCAUACGCAUGUAGGCCCUCCUACACUCACCUUCAGUUUGCAUUCUGUGUGUAUGUGCAUAUAUCACGCACACAUAUCCAAAACCAGAAUCACUGGGUGGAUCUACACACAGGAAAAAAGCUAUAAAUAAGUCAUAAAUUAAAUCGUAACAAAAGUAAAAAAAACCAACACUAUGUAAAAUCGCAUAGAAAAGUUUUGUGCUCUACAGCUCCAUCUGGCGUUGCAUGUUUAUAACACAAUUAAAACUCUGUUUUUUGACUAAUGUAGCUGAGUCCACAGUUUUAUCACAGAAUGACAUGUUAACACAUAACUACAAGGAUGGUUCAAGCUGAGUUCAAGUUGAGUACAGAGUUUGAGGGCUCGAACAGGUCCUGAAGCAGCAUUCUUAAGAACUACUGCUUAUAGAAACUGUGACUGCUUUAUAGCUGCUUUGAGUAUGUUUUUUAUGCAUCUUCAGUCAUUUGCUUUUUCGGGUUAGUAAGUAUCUUUGACCCUUCAUAGGCAAUCAAAUGUUUGCUAACAAGGCACUUUGUACCCCUCUUGGAACGUUAAGCUUGUUGCUUCUAAGAUUUACCUGUUAAAACUAUGAAGCUAAAAUCUGCAAUUCUCCCCACCCCAUUCUUGUUUACUGAAGAGCAUAAAUCUUCAUGAGUGUUACUCCGAUAGCAGAGUUUUAUAUAAGGUUCUGAAUUUCAUAUAACCAGCUGCUCCAGGAGCAGAAGGGAACCCUUGCUUCACCAAGCCACUUGCUAUGUUGGUUAUCCUCACCAGCAAAUGAUGAACCAAUGAAUAUUUUGCUAUUAAUAUAACUUUUUUAAAAGUUAACAAUACGCUAACAAUAUGUUAUUUCCUUUUUAGGAUCGUUAGAGUAGGUAGGAGAUUAAAAGGGUAUUAUUUACACAACUUUCUGCUUUCAACCUGCUUUUCCUUGAAAAUGGCCUGGGAAUUUGUCAAUAUAUUCCAUUUAAGUCAUCACCUAUUUAUUUUCUGCAGUGGUGGAAGUUGUGCUUUGUAUAGUAUACAUGGAAAAUCAAGUACAGUAUAGUAAAUUAUAAUAAUAAAGAGGAAGGCUUAAUAUACGUCAGUGUGAGCUUUUUUCUCUCUACAAGUAACUGGGCAAAUACAGUAAUUGGCCAAUUAUGCAUGUGUAAUUGGCAUUUAAUUGGAGCUUAUCUCUAGAUUGGAGUCCGCUGAUGAAUAACAAGACAGUUAUUGAAAUGAAUUCUUGACAGGGCAUUCAAGGGCUAAUGCUGAACACUAGAGCCAUUAUAAGAGAGAAACGUUUGUAUAGCCUGGAAAAACACAUGGGGACUGCUUGUCCAAAACCUGCUGUUUGUCCGUUCUGUUGUUCUUCCCCUCCACUGAUACUUCUGCUGCCACUUCACCCCUUUUCUGUGCCCCAAUGGUCUGCUUUGGGUGCCUCCAUCCUAGCCCAACACCUGAAGCGACAAUACAGCAGUGUGCUCAUGGCCACUAUUGCCUUGCACUGCGUUUUAUUACAACCAACACCGUGACAACUUCUUGGCUAAAAGGUCAAGAGCACAGUGCAACAUUAUGUUGUAGUAAGUACAUAAAGCCUGGAGGGAACUGGUGAUUUGAUGCACAUUACCAGUGUGGGUUACAUAUUAUUCAUUUGCUUGACUAUGAACUAAUGGACAACCUGUGGGCCGCCAUAUGGUGUUGAUCUACAACUUCCAUAAGCCAAUGGCCAGAGAAGAUUGGAGCUAUUGUUGGCAUCCAUCUGUCUCAAGAGACAAUGGAGUGCACCUCUGGGGGUGGAGUCAAACCACUGCAUAAGCAGCACCAAAGCAGGAGUGCCAAUUGGAAUAAAAUAUUGGGGAGCUGAGCAUAGGGUGGGGACCAAAGAUGGACAAAUUAUCCCAGAAGGAGCAUGAUGUGCUCCCACCAAAGGUGCUGCCCCUCCUCUGGUGCCCCAUACACCCCAUAUGGAGCUACAGUCCAGCAAUAUCUGGAGCCUCACAGGUUUCCCAUACCUGCUGUUGACUUUUAUUUGCUGGACUGUAGGUUUCUAGAAACUCUUUCCCCUGUGGACAUCCUCCUUUCUGUUUGCAAUAGAAACACCAGGGGUAAAAAGCAGCAAAAUGGUGAAAAUGGAAAAUGGUAUGAAAGUAAAGAUGGGUGAAAGCACAACAUUCCUUCAACACCAUGCCCUCAGCCCUACUGCUGUAGUUAGGUUUAAAAAGAGGAGAACACCAAGCAGGGAAUUCAAAGAUGUGAUUAAUUUCACCUCUAGUUCCAAGUAACUAUCUUGGUGGUUUCUUGUACCUUUCUUAGAAAAAGGCGUAUAAAUUAAAUCUCUGCACGUUUUUCUUUUAGUUGCAGGAGGGCACGCCUUGCUUAUAAGCCAAAGAAGACAGCCUUGGGACUCACACAGUUGUUUAUAAUUCCAUGGGUGGGCAACUGCUUGAAUUAUUAAAAUAUUUUGUUCGAUGCGCAAGUGAAGUCUUGUCUCAGUAAUGCUGCAAAGUGCACCUGUAUCAUAAUACAAAAGCACCACAAUGCCUUCGGCAAAUUCUGUUCUGUGACUGACUUGUAAAUAAUCCAGACGUUAUGUGCAGAAUUUUUAUCAGUUCCAGCAAACCCUGAGGAGCAGUCUGUUAAAAGCAAGAAAACCUGAAUGCAUGUAGAGAUGUUGUUCACGGUAUAUUAACGUAUCCUGUUAACUGUCUUAAGUUGCUCUAGGGUUCAGUGUGUUCUAGAUUUCACUGGUAUUUGAGAAGCCCUACAACCUGUGGAGAAAAGAAGAACUCAAGUGCAAAUACAGAAAUAGGCCUAAUAUAGACAAUAUUCAGACAAUUAUAUGGUAUUGUAGAUGUCUCAAUUAUAGUGUGUAAUUAGCAGAGACUUAGGGUGAUAUCCAACAAAGUCACAGAGCAGAGCCUCUGAAAUUAAUUGACUUAGGUUCUGUAACUCCAUGGUCUCAGUGGGUCCGUUUCGAAUAUGCCCAAUGUUGGAUAUCAUCCUUUGGGUUUUGCUUGGCAUUACCACAACAUAUUAUUUUAUUGAACACUGGUAUUGCUUCAUAACUUGCAUAAAUAGACAAACCAAUGAACUAAAUUCCAUCAAACAUGCAUCAUAAUUGAUGGAUGGAAGUACUAUGCUGAAGAGCAUUUGAAGAUUAGAAAUUAACAAAAAUAAAGCCUAUCCAGUAAUGAGAUACAAGAAUGUAAUUUGCUCCUCUGUACCUGUUUGUUAUUAAAUGGUUGUGUAUGUGUUUUAAGGAUUUAAGGAAGGGAAAGGCAGAACUAGGUUUUAAUGGACAGAAGCAGAUGGUUCUUGUUUGGGAAAAGUCUCACCAGGACAUUUAAAAGAGGGAUACGAAGGGCUAACUGAACAUACGAGGAACUAAUCUAUGUAUGUAAGGUGCCCCCGUGUGCUUUUUUUCUUUUUUUAAAGGAAGAGCAGCGCUGGUAAUGCAGGAAGCUGGAGGGGGAGAAGGAGUGGGGUUGCUUCCUUCACCCUAUAUGUCAACCUGCAAUGGCUUUGCUCUAAAUCUGAACCUCCGUCCGCUUAACCCAAACAUUUUUUCCCCUUCUGUGGGGUUCAUAAUGUAUUUAUGAGGUCAAGAGGCAUGUUCAGUGCUGACAGAUUCAUUGUAAUUAUAGCAGGUGGCCUCUGUUCAAGUGACUGCCUAAGGCUUUAUUUGCGACCCAGGGAAUCCUUAUGGGUUUAUACCAAAAAUGAAAAAUACAGGUAACAAAAAGGGACAAUUAGGCCUUGACUGUCUGGUCUGUUAUGACAUAUUUAUAGGAUAUCUGACAUGCUUUUACUAAGCUUAGUUUCAGUGUUUGCCUACACAGACACUCGUGUGCUCACACAUACGUACCCAAAAAGGGACCAUCCAUACACAAGGGGGUGAUAUUGACAGACCCAGGAUAACCCCAAGGUUUGCAGAGGUAAAAAAAUACCUCUAAGCUACAGGAAGUCCCACAAAAUAAUCCAAAAUGCUUGGCCACAGAAUGCUGACUGACACAAGAGAGGGGGAAAUCUGAAAAUGGGAUGGGAGUGGAAUGAAGUGACUGGUAAAGGAGGAUGGAGGAAGGGAGAUUUUGAUAUUUUAAAACGGUAGCUACAAAAAGGAAAAAGAAAAAUUUUGUAUUUGGAUAAGCUGUUUUUAAGUAUACUCAAGGAUGGAAGUGAGAGCUGCCCAUAGGAAUCGGUGCAGAAAUGCAGUAUUUUUCAUGUACAGUGGUACCUCGGGUUACAUACGCUUCAGGUUACAUACGCUUCAGGUUACAUACUCCACUAACCCAGAAAUAGUGCUUCAGGUUAAGAACUUUGCUUCAGGAUGAGAACAGAAAUUGUGCUCUGGCGGCGCAGCGGCAGCAGGAGGCCCCAUUAGCUAAAGUGGUUCUUCAGGUUAAGAACAGUUUCAGGUUAAGUACGGACCUCGGGAACGAAUUAAGUACUUAACCCGAGGUACCACUGUAGCUGGAAUUGAGUACAAAUGUGUCCAACCCCACUGUAAAACACCAGAAUGGAGUGGAGUGUACCCAAAACAGCCCAGUGAGGCUUGAGCAUGCUCAGUGGGCACAGCAUUCAUUAUGUACUUUGAAGAGAUUACGUAAGGCACUUAAUUCCCAGUGAAAUGUGUGCCUUUUAGUGCAUUUUAAGCUCUUACUUGCUGUGUUUGGCCUCAGAAAAUGUACUUAUAAAUGAGAAGCAACAUAAUGGAGUUUGUUGACUUUUACUUUUGUUUUUUUGCUUUGCACAAAGUCCACACUAUUCUAUGACUUUCUUGGCUUCAUGUAUUUUGAGGAUUAAUUUAUUCAUGUGGUAUAGGAGCCAGCUCAGUGCUGGGGAACCAUUUUUUUAAAGCUUUCCUUUCUGGGCAACCUUCUGGGAGCCACAUGAUGGAAGUGAAUGGGGUCAGAGGCAAAGGGGUCAGAGUGACGAAUGCACAUUUCACCUUUGUUUCAGUAGGCUAGUUUCUAUAUGCACUCACACACCCCUCUCUAUCCUCCACCCAGGGAAGCCAAAGGCGUGAUCAGGGCUCAAGGACACAUUCCAGCCAGGCAAAAACACUCAAGGAGGGUGUGGGGCAGGACGGGAGAUGGGGUGUAGCCUAGACAGAGUUCUGAUGGCCAAACAGGGAGACUGGGAGGGUUGCAUUCAGUUCCUGAGCCAAAGUUUGCCCACUCCUGUCCUAACGGGAUGGUAAAUACUAGAGCACCACAGAUCCAUUCCACAAAUGAUUGCUCUGCACAGUCAUCUCAAAUAGGUUUGUUGUUGACACACUUCUUUACAAGUUUCUGAAAGCACCUCAGGAGGGGACUGGAAUUGUCCUUCCAUGACAUCCAGUAGUGCACAAAGCAGCAAGUGUUGUGGAAAGUUUGGGCUGUGUAGCCUUGCAAACUUUCCAUACAUUUCUGGCAGUUCUGUAACCCAAAAAAAGAAAUGUCCAGCUAUUUAUACUUGGUUGUUGGCUUGUGGAAAGAAGUGCCUUCUUCUUAAAGUUGUUGAACACAGUAAGUAUCACUGGUGGCAUUAUUACUGGGACUCUCCUCCCCCUGAACACACCCCUCAGAUGCGUGCCGCCCAACAGUUGCCUUUUUGUCUGUGAAUAAGCAGUUUCCUAGUGAAGGUAUUUGGAAGGACAGGAAAAGUACCAAAAUAAUUUUGGUGCCAUAAAUCCUGUGGGAUGCUUUGAGGUUUCCAGAUUAGAAGGGGAAAUGCAACAUCUUCCUAUGGGAUUUUUGCGCUUCUGCUUUUCUUGCCCCAUAUACUUUAGUCUGUAAUGGUUUUAUUGAUCGAAAGGCAUUUUUAUUGGGGUUGUUUUGCUGUUAUUUCUGAAAUAUGUUCAAUAACCUGUUGUUCAUUUAUUUUGGGAGAUCCAGCCACAGGCUUAGAGCCUAAGAUAAGCUAACUUGAGGAAGGUCAUGGAAGGAAAGUUUCCUGUUUCCCACCCCCAUCUCAUAAAGCCUCUCUGGAGAGUUUGAGGCCUCCAGAAUACAGUGGUGCCCCGCAAGACGAACGCCUCGCAAGACGGAAAACCCGCUAGACGAAAGGGUUUUCCGUUUUGGAGGCGCUUCGCAAAACGAAUUUCCCUAUGGGCUUGCUUCGCAAGACGAAAGCCCAUAGGGAAUCUCCGGGGACCUCUUUUAAAUGCUAGCGGUGGGGAGCAAAGCCUUCCCCCGGCCUUCAGAAGAGGUCCAGGAAGGCUGGCGGGGGCCGAAAGGCUUUGCUCCCCACCGCCAGCAUUUUAAAAGCAGUCCGGGAUAGCAGGGAAGCGCUUCCCGCUAUCCCGGACGGCUUUUGAAGGCAGGAGAGGUCCGCGAAGCCUGGGCGCGCUGAUCUCAGCGCGCGCAGGCUUCGGCAUGCCGGCAACUCUCCGCAAGCAGCGGCAGCGCUGCCGCUGCUCGCGGAGAGGUCCGCGGAGCCUGGGCGCGCUGAUCUCAGCGCGCGCAGGCUCGGCAUGCCGGCAACUCUCCGCAAGCAGCGGCAGCGCUGCCGCUGCUCGCGGAGAGGUCCGCGAAGCCUGGGCGCGCUGAUCUCAGCGCGCGCAGGCCUCGGCAUGCCGGCAACUCUCCGCAAGCAGCGGCAGCGCUGCCGCUGCUCGCGGAGAGGUCCGCGAAGCCUGGGCGCGCUGAUCUCAGCGCGCGCAGGCUUCGGCAUGCCGGCAACUCUCCGCAAGCAGCGGCAGCGCUGCCGCUGCUCGCGGAGAGGUCCGCGAAGCCUGGGCGCGCUGAUCUCAGCGCGCGCAGGCUUCGGCAUGCCGGCAACUCUCCGCAAGCAGCGGCAGUGCUGCCGCUGCUUGCGGAGAGGUCCGCGAGCCUUGGCUGGACAGCUUUUGAAGGCAGGUGGGGGGACAAGACUUCGCCCCCGCCAGCCUUCAGAAGAGGUCCAGGACCUCUUCUGAAGGCUGGCGGGGGCAAAGUCUUUGUCCCCCUGCCUGCCUUCCCAGGGGCUUUAAAUUGCCCCGGACAGCGGAGAAGUCCUCCGCUGUCCCGGGGCAAUUUUAAAUGCCGCCCGCCAGCAUUUUAAGAUCGCCCGGACAGCGGAGAAGCCCUCCGCUGUCCCGGGGUUUUAAAAUGCUGGGGUGGGUGGGAAGAAAAGCCCUUGUCCCCCCCCCCAGCCUUCAGAAGAGGUCGGGGGACAGACUGUCCCCGGACCUGGUCUGAAGUCGGUUUCCCUAGGAACGCAUUAAUUGAUUUUCAAUGCAUUCCUAUGGGAAACCGUGCAUCGCAAGACGAAAAACUCGCAAGAAGAAAAAACUUGCGGAACGAAUUAAUUUCGUCUUGCGAGGCACCACUGUAAUGUGGGAUGAGGUUGCUUCUGGGAGGCCCCAUAGGCACUGUGGCUAACUUCUGGAUUUGAAGAUAGGCCAGAAGGGUCUUUCCUGUUCCUACCACUCCUCCAGCCAUUGCUUCUCUGCAUCUUUGUUUCAGCUGUGACACUGGGUGGCAGUGAUAAAUGAAGAUUUCCCUCAGAUUUUCCUUCACAUACAAUUUCUUCAGUACAUUUCGUUCAGAGCCCUGCUCCAGCUCGGGUCCUGUGUGCUUCUGGUUUCCAUAAGUCGAGUUUCUCUCGACUUCCCUUUGGGAAGUGUUGCAAUAAAUGGGCGUGAAGCCAGUUUUGGAAUACCUUUGUGUGGCUUUUGCCCAAUGUUGGCGGUAAUUUGGGUUUGUGAACAGAAGCUCUUCAUCCUUUGCACUCACAGUAGGCCUGGUAUGUUGAGGGUGUUGUGUACAAGACUUGCUGGGUUUGGGGAAUAGGAAAAUUACCUAGUUAUUCAUGCUAGUAAGUUAUAAAUGUUGAGAUACCAUACUGAUAUAAGGACUCUUGAUGAAAGCAAAUUUGUAUUUAUUUGUUUUGAUGAGAGCUGUAUGCAUGAUAUAUGGAAAAUCAGUGGAAUAAAACUUGCAUAAGGAACUUUACGCAUUACACCCCCCCAAAAAAAAAGAUGAAUAUGGUUCUACAGGGCAGAAAAUAUAAGAAAAAAAAUCAAGACCAACAGUUAGGAAAAAUAAUCAAAGUGGGAAUAGAUGUCUCUCAACAAAAUAAAUGCCUUCUUGUAUAAAAGUAUAUACUCAUCCAAGGUUGCCUAAGAUGCAUUUCAGUAAGCUUACUGUUUCUGACUAGUGAAAGAAAUCUAUAGGUAACAGAAAAAAUAGUCAUAACAAUAAUUAGACAUGUCACAGUCAGUCAACAAACAAUAGUAACUAAAGAGCUAGCACUGGAAAUGCUCAGAAAAAGGUAAUAUAGUCUGUUAAAGAACAGCCUAAAGCAAAGGUGAGGUGCUGUUCCUUGAAACUGGGUUGUAACUCUGGACUCAGCUAUACAGCUGCAAAUAAAACAUUUUAAGUGUGUUUUAAGUGCAAUAUACAAUGUGACACUAGAUGGUGAUGGUGAGCCUUAUGGAAAAUUCAAUGUAUUUUUUUAAAAAAAGCUUUAAAAAAGCAUUUUCAAAAUGGGUUUUAUAUGUGUGUAGAUUCCACCUCUUACCACAGUAAGUGUGUGCUGAAUCCUUUAUUCCAUCUGUGGAGACCAUUCUCAAGAAAGGGGAACUUCUUGGAGAGAUGUUCCUUCCCUGCCUCAGAUUGUGCAAUUUCCGGGAUUAAGGUUUUUUCCAUGUUGACACCCCAGGUUGAUUUUCAUCCAUUCCCACCCCUGACCUGUUGUUAAUAUAGAAACAGCAGCAUGCCAUUUUGAAAUCCAAAUAUGCAAAAAGGACAAGAUUUAUUUAUGGUCUAUAAACUGGAUUGGCUAAGAUCGGUGUCAUUUUUGCCAGUUGUCUCACUAAAGUGUAGAUUUUAAUCCUUCAACUGCAGAUUGCAAAACACUUUGGACCCCGAUCCUGUGUCUAUGUUCCUUACACAAGACAUACCAGAUCCAUGUGCAUAUUGUUUAUCUUAAAAGAACUUUGUUUUCUUCUAUCAAUUCACUGGGACAAAGCUGGGUUUUUUAAACCAUUUCUUUGAGUUUAAAAAUGCGACACUUUUUAUAACAUCAGGAUAUAAUUUCAAAUGGUAAAUAUAAUGAUAAUUAUUUGUUUUCCUUUUCAGAUAUCAGGCAUGGGUUUAUUUUGCAUCUGUUUUUCAAUCUAUUUCUUGUGGCAUCCACUACUUAGCUUCUGUCUUCUUGGCUGUUACACCAAAGUUCAUAUGCAGUGUCCCUGGAAACGUGAGUAGUGUUCUGAUUUAUAAUUCAUCUAGUUCAAGAAUAGAGGAUGCCUGGGCACUCUGGACAUCAGCACAACACUACAUCUUGGUCCAGCUGGAAAAUGGAGAUGUCUGGGAACUUAAUCAGUGCAGCAGGUCCAAACGAGAGGACAUUUCAAAUUUUACUUACGAAUACAGUGGUAACAAGACGGAUGUUCCAUGCACUGAUGGAUUCAUCUAUGACCAGACCAAAUGGCAGAGCACCAUCGUGACAGAGUGGGAUUUGGUCUGUCAGCGGGAAUGGCUUGCAAAACUCACACAGCCCACAUUCAUGUUGGGAGUCCUUUUUGGAGCUGUGAUCUUUGGAGAUAUUGCUGACAGGUACAGUAGUACUGAACUAGCUUGGUGACUUGGGUUCAAAUCCCCAUCCACCCAAAAAAAAGCCCUCCUGACACGGUUUGGUUUGUUAGACGCAACAGGAGAGCGCAGAAGGAUGCCAUCAAAAUAUAUCAUUCUAGAUUUCUCAAGCAAGUUUCUGCUUGCAGUAGAAAGCACAGAGCUGAGAGAUGUGGAAUAAAAUUCCUAUUCAAUCAAGUUAACAGUCAGAGGCUGAGCUUGAACAAGGCAUGUUAACUGAGUAUUUUCAAGAGGAAAUGUAGGUGACUUGCAAGCUCAUGCAAUGUUGGUGUCCUGUUCUCUUUCCACCCUCUCUGAUGCCCUAGUCAAAAGACAAGAAAAGAAGUUACUCAGCCAGAGACACAUAGCUCCAGUGCAUUUUUGGAUCACUUUUAUUAACUUGGGAGGGAGGCCCUGCUUAUGUGUUAUCCAUGGAAAUGUAUUUUGAGCAUAAAAAACAGAAAGGUAAUCCUAUUCAUGCAUACUCAGAAUUGUAGCCUAAGGGAACCUAAGAUGUAGGUGGAAUGCAGCUGCCACGUAGGCUGGAGAAAUUACAGUAACUCCACCACACACCUCAGUAUCCUUGUUGAGGAAAUGCAACACACAAUAUAAUGCAGACAUACUCCAGCCCCUUAGCAUCACUGUAGGUGGACUUCAGAUGGUCUACAGAAUGUUGAGAAUGGCAGCAAGCAAUGAGGCUUGUAUCAUCAUCAUCAUUUCCUUUGUACGCUGCCUUUCCCUAGUUAAAAGUAUGUAGUCUGCCUGUGACCUCAGAACACUUAAGCCAAAGUCAAGCAUUUAAAAAAAUUUCUUAAACUUAAGUGGGACUUAAAUUGAGCAUUCUCUCCUGCUGAACUCAAUAGGACAUAGAAGUGUGUAGCUUUGGCUGGCUGGAGGUGUGUGUCUGUAGAUUUUUUAUUUUGCAAGGAAGGAAUGUAGCCUACUGUGCAAAGGCAAGAGUCACAUCUGUUGCUCCACCUACUUUUGCCUCUGGCCCCUGGAAGUUUGCUUAUGACAGGAUGUUGCCCUCAUGCUCUAUACAGUUACUCCAUCCAAAGAUAAAGUAAUAGCAGCUGCCCUUUAAAAAGCCAUUAGCUAAAAUGCAAACUCUGAAAAUGAGCUUUGAAGCUCAUUUUGAGUUAAUGAAAUGAAGAUAAUUUUGUUUUUAAAAAGAGAUUAAUAAAAAACUAUUACAGAAAUAUCAAGUAUAAAAAUCUAGUAAAUAACAAGUGUAAAAUCUGCAGUAAGCUAUAAACUGCUAGGUACAGCAUUUGUGAGGCUUCCUUCUUUCUCUCUUGUUCUGGUAAUGCAAGCCCCAGAGUUAGAAAUGUUUUUCUGAUGCAGUUUUUGCAAUAUUUAUUUUUAUGCUUGUUUUCUUACUGCGUUCCACAGGAUGGGGAGACGGCCCGUCAUGUGGUUCACCAGCACUGGCCAAUUUAUAUUUGGCAUUGCAGUGGCGUUCACAUUUGACUACACAAGCUUUGUGAUUGUCCGUUUCCUGCUUGCAAUGGUAAGAACCCAAGUUGAUUUUUCCAACAAAAUAAUUUCCUUGACUGUUUCGAAGGCUCUUCAUUAUUAAACCUCCAAAAGCGUAUUCUAGCUGCAGUCUCUAAACCAGUUAAGCCAGAGCACUUGGAUUGAUCUCAGUACGAUUUCAGUGACACAAAAUUGCUUCUAUGGGCUUCUAAAGUUUCUCCAGGAGUUUGCCUGGCUGCCUCUGAGCAUAUUGCCUAACCUUGUUUUAUAUUGACUGCCCUUUAAUAUAUGUAGGCCCAAUUCAGCCAAAGCAAAGGACUUUGAAAUAUCAUUCAUUUAAGGUGGAAGCAUUAAACAUGUACCUCUCUCAUUUGAUCAACAGAUCUUAAAUACUGAAUGUUUUCUUAUUUAUAUAUAGCUAUAUACCAUAUUUCUUUCAAAGAAGCAGGGAAGUGAACUUGGGUAAUCUUAUUUUUCCCCCUGCAUAGCUUUGUUGAGGUAAGCUAGGCUGAGAAAGAGAAUGAUUGUCCCAAGACUGCUUAGGCCUCAUCCACACAUCCAUUUGUUCCAUGAUUACUUCUGUUUGCCCCUUGAUUUCUAGGCCUAGGUUUGAGAGGCUUUUCUUUUGUCCUGCCACUUUCCAAUACAGCUGAAUUGGAACAAACAUCAAUCCGCAGAAAACCUGAUUGACAUUUGUUCCGAUUCAGCAGUAAAGCAUGGGUUUUCCCAGGGAAUGCGGUGGGACAAAAGAAAAAUCUCUCGGACUCAGGCCUAGUAAUCAUGGGACAAACAGAAGUGUGGAUGAGCCCAUAGUAAGUUUUCCAUUGCUGAGGGGAAAUCUGAACCCAGAUCACCCUGAUCCAAUUCACACUGGCUCCCUUUUUGGCUGGAUUAUAGCCUACAUUUAUAUCCAAUACCAUUGCUUCGUUUGUUCUUGGAUCACCGCUUUCCUCUUUAUUGUAGAUCGUGGACUUCUUGAAAUUCUGAGCCUCUGCAGCAUGACCAUCUAUUUUUAAUUCCUGUUGUAGAGGGAGACUAGACUGAAGCCAUUUUCUUUCUCUGUUUUUCCCCCACCUCCCAGGUUUCAAGUGGCUAUCUGGUUGUAGUGUUUGUGUAUGUGACUGAAUAUAUUGGCAUAAAGGCUCGCACGUGGGCAUCCAUGCACGUCCAUGCGUUUUUUGCACUGGGGAUUAUGGUUGUGGCUCUGGUAGGCUACUUGGCCCCGACCUGGUGGGUCUACCAGAUAUGCCUUUCCGUAACAACUCUCCCCUUUGUCUUGUGCUGCUGGAUGCUCCCAGAGACACCCUUCUGGCUGCUCACAGAGGGAAGAUACGAAGAAGCACAAAAAGUAAUUAAUGUAAUGGCAAGAUGGAAUAAAGUAAGCACUCCUUGUAAAAUUUCUGAACUGUGUCCCGUCCAAGAUGAUCUAGUCAGUAGCAGAACGGGUGAUAAUGACAUUUCUCCCGUGAAGAAGCACAACAUCUUAGAUCUGUUUCAUAACUGGCACAUUGCAAGAAGGACCAUUACAGUCUGGCUGAUUUGGUUCACUGGGAGUUUAGGAUAUUAUGUGUUCUCCCUCAGUUCCGUGAACCUUGGAGGCAAUGAAUAUUUAAAUCUAUUUCUCAUAGGUAAAUAUUGUUUGAUGUAACUUACUGUACUUGUAACAGAAAUGCAACCAACUUUUUAAAAAUAAAUGUCUAGUGAUUGUCGCCACCACCAGUGAACUUCCAAACUCAGGCCCUGUUCAUACACACAUGCAAAUUAUAAUGUGAGGGCCAUUUCACAGGCAGAUGAUUUUCAGGGUAAUACUGUCAUGUUUCAAGCAGGGCUGUGGUUAUGGGAAUGGGAACCUGGCCCUCUCAGGGAUAUUCCAGCUAAAUGUUCAGCUUUCAUCAAGUUUCUAGCCUUUUACUUUUAGAGACGCAAAGAAACAUGUACAAGGAGCAUUGUUGUUCACUAAGAUAUAAUACUGUCAAACGUAAAACAUGUUAGGCUAUAGUCUGCCUGUAUGAAUGUUCUGGCUGUUCUGCAAAGCUUCUCUGUCCCUUUAGGCCUCUCACUACAGAAUUUCUUACUAUGGGAUUGGUUUCAAGUGGCUACUAUUCACAUGAAUUAUUUGGCUUUCACUUAAGGUUAGUUCACAGCAGUGGUGGCUAACCUGUAGCCCCAGCCAGCAUGGCCUAUGGCCAGGGAUCGUGUGAAUUGCAGUUCAGUAAUAUCUGAAGAGCUACAGUUUAGCCACUCCUGGUUUACAUGAAUGUGGUUUAGAAAUGCUGGCCAAAAAAUGAGAAUCAAGUAUGCAUGCUUCUCCCACUGUACACAUUACCUGGUGUGCUAUGAGGAUGCAGGUGCAUACUUCUGUAUGCAUGUCCUCAAAUCCUUGCACAUCCACAAAGAGGGGAAAGAAUGCUGGAAUCAAGCGUAUGCACAUGUACUCUGUGCCACAUGUUGAGUUGUGCAUGCAGUGCAUUGUACUGAUGCCUCACUACACAAAUAAGAUUACCUGCUGGAAAUUGCAUGAUCAGAUGCUUGGAGUCAGAUGCUUCUGUGCUGUGCAGCAAUAACAUAGCCUAGAACCAAGUGCAGGGCUCCCAAUGCUGAAUCCAGAGAACAUUUUUGUCUCUUUAUUUUGGCAGCGGGAGUUGACCCCAACAUCUGACCAGGAGCCAUUGUUACAACAGCACCAAAACUGUGGAAGAGCUGCUAUGCAAUGCAGAAGUACCAUGCAAGGUUUUCCUUCAGGCCUGGCAGGGUACAGGUCUGGCUUCAGCCUAGCAGCAGAUGACUUGGUGGGGUGGAGAUGCUUACCUGAUCUCUUGGCAGGUGAAUUGCAGCUGCUUACUGGGUGGGAAAGAGCUAACGUGGCAGGGAGGGCAGCACAAUGCAAACACAGCAGCAGGAGCAGCAGCAGGUCGGCUCUGCCUUUGCGUUGAGCGUGCUGCCCUCCCCACCACCUCACCUUUUUUAAGCAGCAGGGACUCACCUGCCAAGAGGUCAAGUCAGCAUCUCUGCCCCACCAUGCCACCUGCUAUAGCUAUAGCCACUAGGAGAGUAUCCUAAUAGUCCUCGGGCCAUUUAAUGCUGUUGCAGAUGUUUAUGCAGGCAGACAGGAAGUAGCACUUGGAACCCAGAAGGGUUGUGGGAACAGAGGUGGCCACCCCUCCCUCACCUGCCUUGCCUAGAAAGGCUGCUGUAGCUGUAUGCAGCACAAAUGCCUCUGUGCCACAACAUCGAAGCUGUGGAUGGGGCUGGGCUGUUCUUUCUCACAAACUAGCAUCAUCCGUUGACAUUUUUGAGGAUGUGCGUAAGAUAAGGUGCUAGUAUUCCAUUUUGUUUAGCAGCAGUGUAUUGCCAGUGGAUUGAUAUUGUUACAAAAGUGAAUUUUUCUGUAAUCGUGAAGACAUUUAUCAGCUGCUGACCACUUAAGGCAUGGUUCAGCCGAAUUGGAGCCGUGCUGCUGAUUUCAGCGGGAGACUUAAAACAUACGCUUAAAUCUCUUCCAUUUUUAUCAAUGACAUUGUACAGUAUUUCAGUUUGAUGGGAUUGUGCCCGUUAUUUCAAUAUAUUUAGUGUCAGGAUGUUAGUCAUAUGAGCUCCAGUUAACUGGCAAUCCUAAGGGCCUUUUCACCCUAUGCAUGCCUGUGUCACAAUAAGUCUUUAAAGUGCCACAGAGCAAAGAACUCUUUUUUUAUUUCAGCUUUUUGACAUAGUACUGCAGGAGCCAUUUUAGGUAUCCUUUUGACACCUGGGGAAAGUUGUUUUGUAACAGCCUUUGUUUCUGCAGAUCAUUUUCCCCAAGUGGCAAGUGUAUUUCAUAUUCAGUACCUCGCAGUAUUCUAGGCUGCCCUGUUGCCAUCGCCAUAUUGCAAAUCGGGAUGGCUGAGGCAUAAGGGGAGGGGCAGGCUAAGGCCACACUGGAGAGAAAAUAAAAAUCAUGAGAAGCAGCAGUCUAGCCAUGUCUUUAUGUAUCUAACACAUUUUUAAAAUGUGAAUUACCUGAUGCUAGGUGCUGUGGAGCUUCCUGCCUAUGUCCUGGCUUGCAUAGGAAUGGACAAACUGGGACGAAGGAACACCUUGAUCCCAUUCCUCAUCUCGAGUGCAGUGAUCUGCGCUCUAGUCAUGGUGAUACCUCAGGUGAGUCAUUCACACCUGCAUCAGAUGUAUAUAAACAUGCUGUGGGUCUGGUACUAAUGUAGCAUCCUGAGCAAGGCAAGAGGAUCUAUGCAGGAGAGCCAAUGUGGUGUAGUGGUUAAGAGCGGUAGUCUCGUAAUCUAGGGAACCGGGUUCGCGUCUCUGCUCCUCCACAUGCAGCUGCUGGGUGACCUUGGGCUAGUCACACUUCUUUGAAGUCUCUCAGCCCCACUCACCUCACAGAGUGUUUGUUGUGAGGGAGGAAGGGAAAGGAGAAUGUUAGCCGCUUUGAGACUCCUGAAGGGGAGUGAAAGGCGGGAUAUCAAAUCCAAACUCUUCUUCUUCUUCUUCUUCUUCUUCUUCUUCUUCUUCUUCUUCUUCAGGGCAUGUGUCAGUUUCAGCCAUAUAUGCAUUAUAUAGUUAAAGCAGUAUCACAUCGUUUUAAAUAGUCCUGGCUUUCCAUGAAGAAUCCUGGGAACGGUGGUUUUUAAAGAUGCUGAGGAUUAUUGGGAGACGCCUGUUCCACUCACAAAGCUACAGUUCUCAGAGUGGUUUAAUAGUCCAUUCCUCUUCCGAGAGAACUCUGGGAUGGUAGCUUUGUUAGGGAAAACAGGGGUCUUCUAACAUCCUUAACAAACUUUGGUUCCCAUGAUUGUUGAAAGUCUCAUGGUACUUCUUUAAAUGUAUAGUACAGAUGGAGUCUAAGGGCAGGGUUCACCUAAUGAACCCUACCAACAGAAGCCCAGUGCAGGGGUUUCUGCCUGUGCAACAGGGUUCCCCCACUCUCCUCCCCCUGUGCACUCCCCCAAAUUGGCUCCUGGGGACUGAGAAGACUCCCAGGAUAGCAGAGGAUAAGAAAAUGGGAUAUCAUUCUAUCUGGCAAGCAGAUACAUGUGCACAGAUGGAACAUCUGUAACAGUGUGACGUUGAAUUCCACCCAAGGUUUUUGAAUUGCUGCCAGCUUGAAUUACUGCAUCAGAAUGCUAUGGAAGAAUAUUACCCCAGUUCCACCCCCAUUCCAUCUCCUCUUGGCAAGUUUUGGGAUACAUGAGGCCACAUUUGGCAAUAGCGGCUCUUGUCAACGUUGCAGCAAUUAUGGGACCUUGGGUUGACAGAGAGGGUUGUUACUGAAACUAAUUGUAGAUCAUAGCUGAUGCCAUGGCUUAAAGAAAUAGGCCAUAAAUUCCAGAAAUACUGACAAUAUUCCAUCUGUAAAACUAGUAACUUGCUGAUCUAGCAACCUUUUCCAAAAUGUGAGUGUUUACAUGCUUAGAUGGAACUUAAGAAAGGAAACUGCAGCCUUUGGGCCUGCAAUAGUAGUAAAAAAAUACUGUCCAGUCAUGAUUAAGUGCAGAGAUGGAAUUAAUUACUUGGUAAAGGAAACCAAACCAUUGUCUGCUCUGAACAGUGCAGUAGGGGUUCCUGAAUGUUUACAAAAUAGCAAGGCUUUUAUGAACUGAGUUCUGGAACAUAAGUCCCUCAGUAACCCUCAGUGAAUUCAUGCUCCCUAUGCUGUUAUAAAAUAUGUUUCCUCUUAACAGGAUUACAGUGUUCUAGUUAUUGCAGCAAAUAUGGCUGGAAAGUUUGCAAUAGGUGUUGCAUUCGGCCUUAUCUACCUGUAUACUGCAGAGCUAUAUCCAACAGUUGCACGGUAAGGCAAAACUCUUUACCCCUUAAGAAUUAGAAUUGUAUCCUGCAGCUUUUCUCUGUGAAAAUAUCUUCUGCUUAUAACACUAUCAAUUGAAAUUGGACUUUUUGUUUACUGUUCAGGACCCUUGCAGUGGGCAGUGGGAGCAUGAUGUGCCGGGUAGGGAGCGUGGUAGCCCCUUUCUGUGUUUACCUGUCAAGUGUUUGGAUCUUUAUGCCACAGGUAAAUCCUUUGUUUUAACAGCUUCAUCAAACUUGACAAUGCCAGUAAUGUACUAGAUGGCCAGGUGUGAGAACAGCCAGUAGUUGAGGCCUGGAACAAACAAAUAUCAGCACUGCAGCCCCUUUGAAAAUGACUUGAGCAUAUCCACAAUGGACCAGUUCACAUAUGAUGCUAAGCCAAACUAAUGCUAAGCUUGAAGUUACAAGCCUGUAGGUACUCAAAAUUAAAACCGUGGCCAUUUCAGUCCUCCCUGUCAUCCUGCUGCUGCCUCAUCCAGAGCUAAGCUAUGGUUUGAAUUACAACACUCCUCAGUGGUAGGGCUCCCCUACUGAUGGCAGAGCCAAGCAGAGCUGGGAGGGGGGCUCUAUCCAACCCCCUUGAGCGCAACUUGGGGGGUUGGGUUGCUCUGCAACUUCAUCUGUGUCAUUGUUAACAAUAGUAAAUAAAACCUCUUGUUUUGCUUUUCAUGCAGUUAGCUUCUCUCACUUACAUGUCCUGUUUUCUUUUAGCUGAUUGUAGGAGUCAUGGCCUUCCUGAGUGGAGUGCUAACCCUGAUGCUACCAGAAACACUUGGGAAGCCAUUGACAAAUACAUGGGCAGAACUCAAUGAGCAUAUGAAAAAAGACAGUGGCUCAGAAAAGUAUCUCCCAGCAUCUCAGGAUGGUGCAGCACGGGAUAAGAUUGAGAUGCUGAACCAAGAGGCACACGGAUAAGAUUUUUUUAAAAAGCUAUUAUUUGCUGUAUUGUGCUCCUUCGUUUGCAAUAUCCACUGGUUAGUACAUGUUCCUUGUAAUCUGUACACCCUCUUGCCCUCUCAUCAUGGAGACAAUAAUUAGAGCUUGAAGAACAUAUCUUGAAGCUGUUCUGAAGCACCUUGUUAACAUAUGAAGUGAGUAAUGCUAAUUCAAAGAAAUAUGUUUUUCUGAUACUGAUUUUAAAAGGCCACCUCUAGUUUCUUUCUCAGAUUUCCUGCUGCAUUCAUUGUCACUUCAAAAUCCCCUGUCAAUAACGUUUGAAUUGCCAAGUGCAAGCACAACAAAUCAUGAAUUGGUAUUGUUACGUUCUCGGACAUUUAGACAAUGUUUACAUAGGAGGAAAACUCUCAAAUAAUUGUAGUUAUUUCUUAAUAAAUGGAACAUGCCAAUCUAGGUUUUCUAAGCUUUUGUCUCAUUUCUUAGCAAUGCCAUCCCUUUAAAAGGAGAAGCCAGCCCAUGGCCUCUAAUGGAGACAGUCAACAUUUGUAAGUUGCAUAGACAGUAUGCAUGCUCAUUGAAUGUUAAAGGAAUUAUGUGUGACCGGAACAAAAUAUUGGUAGCUGUCUGUAGCAAUGUCUCUGCAACACAGAUAAAAUCAGGUUGUCUUAAAAAUUGGAGGGCCAUUUUUAUUUCAUUCCUUUUCAUUCCUUCCCUUUAUUUCAGUUGCAAUCUUUAACUCUUUCAAUCUUUAACAGGGCUCUUCAAGGGGGGAGAGAAUUGGCAUGAAACUAAUGUGUGUACAUGCCCUGUGACUUUUACCGUAGAUUCCGGCAUAUAAGACGACUUUUUAACCCCAGAAAAGAGGUUAAAAAGUUGUGGAUCGUCUUAUACGUCGGGUAUGGAGCCCGCCCACUGCUGCUGCCGCAGCUUCCGCAGUAGCAGCAGCAGGCGGCGGGCUCCGCUCCGCGCUGGGAGGAAGCUGCCCAGCGAUGUUAAGCUGGCUUCGCUGGGCGGCUUCCUCCUGGCGCGGAGCUGCCCAGCGUAUUAGGCGACUGGGCUUAUAAGACGAACCCCCAAAUUGGCAGCUGCCAGUUUGGGGGGUCAUCUAAUACGCCCAGUCGCCUAAUAAGCCGAAAUCUACGGUACAAACCUGAGGAUAAUCCAAGAUACAUUUUCACUCAGCUCGUAUAAGUCUCAUCAUCUUAAGUGUGCUGUAAGAAUAAAAUGUCUUGGUAUGCCUGAAGGCCAGAAAAAUCUGCGAACAAAACUACAGAAGGAUAUUGUAUACAGAAUAUUGGCUGCAAAUAGCUCUUUGGGGGCAAAUAACAGUUCUGUGGCCAAUUGUCAGUGUGAAAAUGGCAUAAGGGAAAGAGUUAACCAUUGUCCCAAUCUGGAAAGGCCCUCCCUCAUUGCUGCUUUUUUAUUAAUAAAGAGAAAUGAUAGCUCUUAAGCUUGCUAAUUUCUUUUUAAAAUGGUUAAAGUAACAUGUAGUUUUGACCCUGGAGAGUUUCUUUACCACCCUCAGUUAAAACUAAGGACAUGUGCUUGACUACUUUGCAGAGCAGAGGCUGGGGUCACCAGGCCACAGGUCUUUUGCUGGAUGUGUUCUACAUAUGCAUAUGUUUAUACAUACUAGGCUUUUAAAAAAUAUAUGUGUUGAGUCUUCAGAACAAAGCUUUUUGGCUAUUCUUCAAUCAUUUAUCUUACAUUUACCCCUGCAGCUCUCUCACAAUUAAUUUCUGUUCCUGUUGGAAAUGCAACUUUCCCAGCCAUUUUGUGAUGGGAUUAUGAGCUGCUUGUGCGUAAAAUCGUAUUCCCUCAGAGUUUGUUCAAGUCCACAAACCUCUGUCUGUGACUGAGCCCCUCUGACAUGGCUCCUCUUAGUCACUAGAAGAUUCCGACAGUGGUUGCUUUCGUAAUCGCUUCCAACAUAAAAGCUCCUUAACGGAAACACGUCUUCUGGACUCUCUGCGUGACAGUUUCCGGCGAGGAGUGGGUGUCGCUACAGGAGGUCCGGAAACCUCACCACUGUUUUCGCUGGAAGUAUCUCUGAGCCAUCCCCCAGCUCCCUUUCCCUCAGUUCAGCUUGUCUCCCCUGCUGGUUUCCUCUUCCGCUGCUGAGUCUCUUCCAACCUGUCUGAGCCCUUUCACCUCCCUCAGUUCAGCUUCUCUCCCUUGCUGGUUCCCUCUUCAGCUGCUGAAUCUCUUCCAACCUGUCUGAGUCCUUUCACCUCCCUUCCUUCCGAUGGCAGUUCCCUGACAUCCACCUCCCCUCCAGGGCCCCCUUCACCCCCUCUCGCCCCUCCUCUACGGGCGGUGAGGAGGCAAAACCCCGGAAUGAACUUCCUUCAUCUUCCGAUGUCUCGAACACUUCUCUCCACCUGUUGCGGUUCCUGGUCUCAAGCACUCCUCCUCCUCCGAGUCCAUCUCCCUUCCCCUUCCGAUUCUGGGAAUCCUUCCAACUCCUCCUCCUCCUCAGUGGUCCCAAAGUAUUCCCUCCGGAACCUCUCCACAGGCUGAGGUUUCCGCGGGAACCUUUGAUGGAACAUUUCUAUCAAUACCUCGUCAUUGAUAUCUUUGGCCAUUACCCACGUGUUUUCUGACUCCGGUUCUCCUUCCCACGCUACCAAAUACUCCACCUGAUUCCCCUUCCACCUGGCAUCAAGGAUUUCUGCCACAUGACUGCUGCAUUCUCUUUCUUCUAUGACCGGUCCCCGAGUGUCCAUCCCUUCUCGUCCCCCCUCGUACGGUGACAGUAACGACCUGUGAAAUACUGGGUGCAGUUUCAUGUGGUUGGGUAACCGGAGCCUGAAAGCCACUGGGUUGACCUGUUGAAUGACCUCAAAGGGACCCAACCUCCUGGGUCGUAAUUUCUACAACCUCCUUUGAACGGCAACCCUCGGGUUGACAGCCACACCCUAUCUCCAACCCUUAUGGUUUCACCUUCCCUUCGGUUCUUGUCUGCCUGCCUCUUGUAUUCUUCCUUCGCCCUUUCUAAGUUGAGUUGGAGCUGACGGUGGAUUGCUUCCAUUUCUUCUACAAAAUGCUCGGCUGCCGGUACGCUCCAUCUCUCCCCUUCUCCCCUGGGAAAGCCCUGGGAUGACACCCAUAAUUAGCCAAGAAGGGGCUCAUCCCUGUGGACACAUUCUCGGCAUUGUUGUAGGCAAAUUCCGCCAGCGCCAACUUUUCUACCCAGUCAUUCUCUCUGUCAUUGACAUAACACCUCAGGUAUUGCUGGAGGACACCGCUUGCUCUUUCCGCCUGCCCGUUGGUUUCAGGGUGCCGGGCAGUCGAAAAGUUGACCUCCACCUGCAGUAAGCUCAUGAGCUUCCUCCAGAACCUGGAAGUAAAUUGUUUUCCUCGGUCUGAGACCACCCUCAAUGGCACCCCGUGCAACCUAAAAAUGUGUUCUACAAAUAACUUCGCUGUCUCUUCCGCCGUGACUGCAUGCGAGCAAGCUACAAAGUGGCACAUCUUUGUUAGUAGGUCUACCACCACCAUGAUGGCUGUUUUCCCUUUGGACUUCGGCAGAUCAGUCAUAAAAUCUAUCGACACUGCCUCCCAAGGUCGUUCUGGUGUUGGUAAGGGUUCUAACAGCCCCGCCGGCGCCCGCCUUUCCCUUUGGCUCGCUGGCACUGCUCGCACGCUCUUACUUACUCACGUACCUCCUCCCUCACCUUAGGCCACCAAACUUCCCUGGUGACCAACCACAUGGUUUUGUGUUGCCCAAAAUGCCCCGCCGUGGGGCUGUCAUGCAACUGCUUGAGUACCCUCACCCUUAAGUCUCCUUCAGGGAUAUACAGUGCCCCUUUGUAAUACAAAGCUCCAUUUCUUUCCUCGAAACCCCUUGAUUCCUCUCCCUCAUCCCUAAGACCUCUGAGCUUAUUCUGGGCGUAUUCAUCAUUCUCUGUUUCUUCUACCAGUUCUCUUUGUCCCACCAAUGCCGCCCCACACACCCAGCGGUCCUCUGGAAUGACAUGUCUCUCUUCGGGUGCUCCCCCCCCUCCCAAUAUUCAGGUUUGCGUGAGAGAGCGUCCGCCCUAAUGUUCUCUGGGCCUGGCACGUAACAAAUCUCAAAGUUAAAUUUGGAGAAUUCCUGGGCCCAUCUCACUUGCCGUUGGUUGAGCACUCGUGCCGUCCUCCAAUACUCUAGGUUCUUGUGGUCAGUGCACACUUGCACCUUAUGUUGUGCGCCAAUUAGCAGGUGCCUCCAUCUCCGGAACGCCUCAUGAAUGGCUAGUAGUUCUCGGUCAUACACCGUGUAGUUCCUCUCGGAUUUGUUCAGCUUUCGCGAAAAAAGGCACACGGUCUCCACUCUGACUCCUCCUUCCCUGGCUGGAGAAGCACCGCCCCAACCGCUCUGUCUGAUGCGUCAGUUUCCACUCUCAUCGGUUUUUGUAAAUCCACAUGCAGGAGCUGUUGUUCCGAGGCGAAGGCCCUUUUAGUUCCUCAAAUGCUUGCUCCGCCUCCUCCGUCCAAACGAACUUCUUCUUACUGCUGAGACAGUCCGUAAUGGGCGCCGUCAGGUGGGCAAAGUUUGGGAUGAACUUACGAUAGAAGUUCCCAAACCCUAAAAACCUCUGCACAUCCUUCCUUGUUUUGGGUGUUUUCCAUUCCAGUACCGCCUGGACCUUGCCGGGAUCCAUGGCCAACCCCUUGUCAGACAGGCGAUACCCCAGGAAUUCCACCUCCUUGGUAUGAAACUGACACUUCUCCAGUUUCACCCACAGCUGGUUGGCUUGCAGCCUGCUCAACACUUCUCUGACGUCUCUCACAUGCUGCUCCUCAUUCUCAGAAUACACCAACACGUCGUCUAAGAAGGCCACACAAUUCUUGUAAAGCAACGGCCCCAGGACGUGGUUCAUAAACGAUUGAAAUGUUGCGGAGCCUGCUUGUAGACCGAAGGGCAUAACUAAGUAUUCAAAUGCCCCUAAAGGGGUGAACAUGGUGGUUUUCCAUUCAUCCCCCUUCCUUAUUCGUAUCAGGUUGUACGCCCCCUUAGAUCCAGCUUGGUGAAAAUCUUUCCCUUUCGCACCCUUGUCAAAAUGUCGUCAAUCCUGGGCAUCGGGAAGGCCACUGGUUCUGACACUGCAUUUAAGGCCCUGAAGUCACACACCAGUCUCGGCUUGUUCGUGUUUUUUUGUCCACAAAAACACUGGGCUGCCCCCACCGCCCUGGACUCUCUGAUGAACCCUCUCUUCAGGUUCUUGUCAAUGAACUCUCUUAGCUCCUGCAUCUCUCUGUCUGACAUGGCGUACAGCUUGCCCACAGGGAGCUGUGCCCCAGGGAGCAAAUUGAUUUGACAGUCAAAGGCUCUAUGCGGUGGUAGUUGGUCAGCUUCCUUUCGAUUAAGACGUCACGGAGAUCUGCGUAUUGUCGUGGUACCUUCACGUUCUCCUUCACUUCAGUCCCUGCUAGGGUGGCUUGGGCCCCUGCCAAAACCUUUCCCUCUUUGCAAUGUUCUAAGCAAUGUGCUGACCCAAAAGAAACCACUCUCUGAUGCCAGCCCACCAGCGGAUCAUGUAACGCUAGCCAGCUCAUCCCCAAUAUAAUGGGAGCUCCUCCCAAGGUGGCCACAUUAAAAGCUAUCAGUUCAGUGUGCCUUGCCACCUUCAUUAUCAUUGGGACGGUCUGCAAGCUGACUUCUCCUCCCAACAGCUCCCUGCCAUCGAUCGUGGUUACCUGCAGGGGUUGCUUAAAGGGAGCGUCUGUAUCUGGUGUUCAGCUGCAAACUCUUUGCUCAUGAAAUUGCAGGAGCUGCCUGAGUCCAACAGCGCCUUUAUCUUUAGAGGGUGUCCGUUUGGGAGCUCUAGUGUCACUUCUAUCACUAGGGCGGGUUUAGGAGGUUCUGGAGUGGGCACUUUCACUGCUCUUUGGCCUGGCUGCUGUGCCCCGACAAUGGCAGCCAGGCGUUGGCUUUUAGUUGCUCCGGUAUUUUUCCUCUCUCCCUCCACAGCUCCCACCAUCCCUUGCCAUUCCUUCCUCUGGGGGCAGACUCUGGCAAAGUGCCCUGGCUGUUGGCAGAGAUAGCAUUUCCGGGCGCCUUUUCCAUCCUUCUUUCCCCUCACUGGGCUUUGAAACUGGCGCGCGCGCGCUGUUCCGAUUUCCAUCGGCUCUGCCGGCGGGACAGUUGGCUCUGGAAUGUCUGGAAUGCGGAACUCCUUCCAACGUUCCCCUUCCCUUCCCGCCUCUCCAAUGCUCUCGCCUCCUGGCGCGCUCCUAUGGCCAGCGCUGAUUUGGUCAGCUGGUCCAUAGACUCCGCCCUGGGCGCCCGGGAAAGUUCAUCUUUCACAGCCGAAGAAAGCCCUUCUUCAAAGAGCAUUUGAAUGGGUUCCGCCGAUAAGUCCCACCCCAAUCUGUGUAUCAGCAUGGUGAACUCAGUCCAGUACUCACGUACAGAUCGGCUCCCCUGUUUGCAAGCCAUUAACUGUCUGCGCACCACUCCCUUUUCAAUAUCGCUGGAAAACAUCAGAUCCAUGGCGCGAAAGAACUUCAUCGUGUCUUUUAAGACGUCACUAUUCGCUGCCAUCAGGGGUCUAACCCAGUCUCUCGCCCCCUUUUCAAGAUGCCCAAUCACAAAAGCCACGCGUGAGUCCGCAUCAGGGAAAUCAUCAAACUGCAGAUUGAGGGCAGAUUGCAUUUCUGUCCGAAAGCUAUGAUAGUCUUUGGGCUCCCCAAAUUUUUGCACCAAUCCUGGUACCUUUCUGGCGAGCUGGGUGGCUUUCUCCCUUUGUCUGCAUCUUGAGCCCUCCUCUCCUCCAGCCUCGCCGUCUGCAGCGCCAGCUGGACCUCUAACACCCGGUACCUUUCUUCCAGGCUUGGACCCGCUCCAGCCCCUGCUUCUCCGGUUCCUGCUGGGUUGCUCAUUAUUAUGCCGUCUCCUGCACAAGCUGCGUUCAAAGACUGUCGGAAUGCUGUGAUGGGAUUAUGAGCUGCUUGUGCGUAAAAUCGUAUUCCCUCAGAGUUUGUUCAAGUCCACAAACCUCUGUCUGUGACUGAGCCCUCUGACAUGGCUCCUCUUAGUCACUAGAAGAUUCCGACAGUGGUUGCUUUCGUAAUCGCUUCCAACAUAAAAGCUCCUUAACGGAAACACGUCUUCUGGACUCUCUGCGUGACAGUUUCCGGCGAGGAGUGGGUGUCGCUACAGGAGGUCCGGAAACCUCACCACUGUUUUCGCUGGAAGUAUCUCUGAGCCAUCCCCCAGCUCCCUUUCCCUCAGUUCAGCUUGUCUCCCCUGCUGGUUUCCUCUUCCGCUGCUGAGUCUCUUCCAACCUGUCUGAGCCCUUUCACCUCCCUCAGUUCAGCUUCUCUCCCCUUGCUGGUUCCCUCUUCAGCUGCUGAAUCUCUUCCAACCUGUCUGAGUCCUUUCACCUCCCUUCCUUCCGAUGGCAGUUCCCUGACACAUUUUAACAAAGAAAACAGUUUGAGGGGAAUCAGCUGCUACAAUCUCAGCCUUUGGUUUCCACAAUGAUUCCCCUGUGGCUUCAGAGGGAAGGGCCUUGCCAACCCCCUUUUGUCUUCCUCCUCCUCUACCUCCCCACUUUUAACUUUCUCAUGUGUUCAGAUCUCUUUGGCCUCUCCCUUCCUCUUCCUCUGGCUCCCCAGCUGUGCCCUGUUGCUCUUUCCUUUCUUUGUAGUUUCAUUUUCUCAGCAAAGCAUCCUGGCACAUCUGUCCCAAGUUUCAACAAGGCCACCUCCUGCCAUCACAUUCUGAUCACCCAUUCUAGAGGUACAGGAGUCCACCUCACAGGCUUUCAGCUUGCUAGCAACUCCUUCACAUUCUGAACCUCUAGCAAAUGCUUGCAAGCUUCUUGUUCAUGGGUGUUUCACUGUGCAGGGAAGCAAGUGGACUAAGGUAAAGUUAGCAAAGAAGCAGAAACCCUUGUGUGAAACUGCAAAAGCUCGACUGUGCAAAAUGUAUGCUACAACAUAUUUCUGAGGCAGCAUUAAAGGAAACACUUAUUUCCUUGAACAACAACAGCAAACUCUAAUAUUGAGACCACUAGGCAGUGGUUCCUAAUUAGCUAAGAAGAAGAAGAAGAGUUUGGAUUUGAUAUCCCGCCUUAUCACUACCCGAAGGAGUCUCAAAGCGGCUAACAAUCUCCUUUCCCUUCCUCCCCCACAACAAACACUCUGUGAGGUGAGUGGGGCUGAGAGACUUAAAAGAAGUGUGACUGGCCCAAGGUCACCCAGCAGCUGCAUGUGGAGGAGCGGAGACACGAACCCGGUUCCCCAGAUUACAAGUCUACCGCUCUUAACCACUACACCACGCUGGUACCACGCUAAGUACUGCAGACCCCAUUUUUUGAAAGCCAAGCUAUGACACCCCCCCUUACUUUUGAAAUUUUUGAUAUCUCUAUGGUAGUUUUUGUUAGAUGAAUGGUACUACUGAACCCCUGGGUAGGUUAUCCAGACUCCCUGGGGUCCACAGACCACCACUUGGGAACCACUGCCCUAGAGAAUACAGUCAUACCUCGGGUUAAAUAUGCUUAAGGUUGAGCGUUUUCAGGUUAUGCUCCGUGGCGACCUGGAAGUAACGGAACGCGUUCCAUGAGCAGACGCUCAAAAUGAUGUCACGCGCAUGCACAGUAGUGGCAAUCACGACCCGCACACGUGCAGACGCGCACUCGCGAGUUACGCUCUACUCAGGAUGCAAACGGGGCUCUGGAACAGAUCUCGUUCACAUCCAGAGGUACCACUGUACUUUGACUUCCUACCCACCAACACCCCCUUCUCCCUCCCUGAUUCUUGAACCCUCCUGACUCCAGUGAUUGAGACUUGCCAUUUCUCAUAUGCCCCAUUUUGUCCAUGUCAGCCCUUUCAAAGGCUAGGGGAUAAAGACUGUGGUUCUGGAAAGGUGUGUGUGUAGGCCAACUAUAUACAGUUUCUUAUUUUAACAACAGAAAUCUUUGGCAUCCUCAGUUAUCCUUGGGUGCAACAUGUAUUGUCCUGCCUUGAUACUUGGUACUUGGGCUGGACCUUAAUAACAACAACAGUUUUAUUAUUUAUAUCCCACCCAUCUGUCUGGGUUGCCCCUUCUAGAUGUUGUACUACGACUCACAUCAUUUCUGACCAUUGGCUCUGCUAGUUGAGGCAGAUAGGAGUUGGAGUCCAACAAUAUCAGGAGGGUCAUGGGUGCCCCUCCCUUGAAAUAAAUGUUUCACGACUGGCAGGGCAAUUCAUUUAUGCCACCAUGUGUUCUCAGCAGCAAAGGUGAAAGCCAAAGAACAGCAAGAAAAACAAGAGGCAGUGUAAUAAAACAGACAAUCCCUCAUUGUUCUGAGCAACCCUGUUGCCAUCCACCAAUCAUAAUGUUGGUGGUGAAUGACAUCCCCACAUUAGAAAAGCAAUUAAGCCAUUUAUCAACAUGUGAUGAUAAAAUGCCCUGAUUAUGUCACUAAAUGCAAUGUUCACACCUCUCCCUAUGCACAAUGCAUUACAGUAGUGUUAAGUCAGAAAGAAGUGCUCUCAGUGCUUCCCCCUGUAAAGACUACUGUGAGACAACCAGCAGGAAAGCACCAACAUACACUGGCAGCCAUAGGCUGCAGGCCUCCCCUCAGGCAAGGGGUGACCUUUCCCACCAACCCCAAAAACCAGGACUGACAAAUAUCACUUUUGGCAGGGAAAAAGAUGGUCAGAUAGCAAAGGAGGAAGUGCCAUUUCAAUCAGCAGCCAGACAACUCCAUUUUGCAGUAGCCAAUGUGUGUCUCUACUAACAUCAUGAGGAUAUCUUGUAACAGUGUGUGAAGAGGAGAGCUAUGGUUUUUCCUGGAACACAUGUUCUCUUUCACAAGAUUGGGUUUCAUAAGAAUAUGGAUUUAUGGAGUAGUGAUGCCAUCCAAUAACUGAAAAUAUGGCAGUGAAAUCAAGUGACAAACAUCUUAUGCCCUCAGAACCCAGAUACUAUUUUACUUAUAGAAAAUGAAUGUGUUUGUUUUUUCUAUGAAGGAACAGACAUAAAUGAUUGUCCAAUGUGUAAAUCUAUGUACCACUAACUGUGACCAGUGAUAACAUUGUGUUUUAAAAAUUUAUUUAUAAUUAACAAUAAAUUAACAAAAUAUGUCAGAGCAAGCUAUGUAUUUUAAGGGGGUUUUAUAGUUUAAAAAAUCCUGGUGGUGUUAUAUAUCUAUACAUGCAGAUAUACAAUAAGCUGAGCAGUUGCCUUAUGCUGACUGUCAGAUACAGAGCUGGCCCACCCAUGAUGUGAGGUGAUGCACCCACCUCAGGUGGUGGAACUGAAAGAGGCAGUUCUCUUCCCACCCCACCGCUUCCACUACAGAGAGGGAGGCAUUCUGGAGCACAACAUUGCCACUUGUCUUCCCUGCCCCUGGGUGGAAAAGCCAAGUGAGUGGCAACUUCUGGAGGAACACCUCAGCUCUUGCUGAGUUCAGAGAGAACUGGAGCUUAGUGGCAGCAGAAGUGGGGCAUGGUGGGAGGAACCAGGGGUUGGCAAUUCCUGUUUAUCCUCAGGUAGUGAAAUGGGAUAAGCUGUCCCUGCUCAGAUAACUAGUCCAUGCCUAGCCAAGCAUUUUCUUCAUGGGCUGCCAGCAGUUUCCAGACAUUCCCAUUCUCCAGCUCGCAGCAGUUCCUAGGCAGAGAUCUCUAGGUGGAAAAUUAUGGAGACUGAACCUGAAACCUUAUCCAGGCAAUGAAUGGGUGCUUCCAGGGGCUGCCUCCAUACAUCUGAAAAAUCAGCAGCAGCUCUUAACAUUCUACCUGCUAUGGUACCGGUAAGUCACUGGGAAAUAUGAGGAUUUGUUUUGACUGAAAACAAAUUUACACAUGUACUAUGCAGCUAAUUGCUUCCAAAGUGCAAAGUGAUGAUUUGACCAUUGAUGAAAGAGAGUGCCCGCAUUGGAUUCCCUUCCAACAAGAAAUAAGGUAUAAGGAAGGGCUUCCUACAUUUCUGGAAAAGAGCUAUUGCAUACAUAACCAAGGACCCAGAUAUAUGGAGUAUUAAUUUGCUCUUCCCAGCUUCUGAGGAAUCCUACAUCUACACAUGGCAUAAACCUCUUUACCCACCUGGAACAGCCUUCAUGUAAAUAGUUGGCCCUAAAGAUAUAAAAAUAAACAUAAAAUAUAUUCAAUAUAACCAGCAACUUGAAACAUUCUGAUCAUAAAGCAAAUAUGAAUUUUGGCCACGAUCCAGCACAGUACUUAAAUCUAUGUUGCACUGUGACCAUAUGCGACACAUCUAAUCAUAUUGUAUCAUUUUGGCAAAAGACUGUACCAAAUAAUCAUUUUCUGCACGUUGCAUUUGCAACCAUUAAUUUUUUUUUAACUGCAUGCUAAUAUGUUUUGUGACUCACUGCCAGCUUGGGAGAGACGGCAGUCCACAAACAAUACAAAUUAUUAGGCUGCUCUCAUUCAAAAGGAGAUUCCCUCCAAAGGGGGGUUUCAGUCAAAGCCUCCUUCCAUACGUUUGCUAGAAAUGUCGAGUGGGGUGGCCAUUUGGGUUGGCCCACUCAUAUAUACAAACCUUUGGCAGAAGCUCUGAUAGACAUGUCUGAAGAGAGAAGCUUUAACAGAUUUCCCUCUGAGAGGUAAUGGAAACCUGAAUGUAACAGCUACAUCAUACAUUUAAAACACAUGGCUGCACACCCGAAUCUCGGGAACUGUAGUUUACUCCCCGCCUGGAGACUGACACACAAGAGCGUGAAACAUUCCCUGGGUCCCUUGCAAACAUAAGCCCUGGCACAAUUAUUCCAAUUGCAACCAUUAUAAUCCGGCCAUAAUAAACUGCCUCUGGUUUAAUAUUUCACCUUGCGACUCCUAUUUUGACUUCGUUGCCCAGCAUAGCUGUCAACUUUUCCCUUUUCUUACGAGGAAUCCUAUUCGGAAGAAUGGAAUUUCCCUUAAAAAAAGGGAAAAGUUGACAGCUAUGUUGCUCAGUAGCACCAAUUAAAAUCAUGCAACAAGACAACUGAAGCAGUCUCCCUUGAAGGGACCAUGGACACUCCGCGACAGGGAUCCAGUCGGACGAAUCCAAAACACCAGCGGGAGACGCAAGGAGCGAGGCUCGGCGGGAGGGAGCACGAAACGGGCCACCCUCGAGCCCGUGAAGUCGCCGAAACCCGCCGCUGCUGACCAAUCGGGAACGAGCAGAGCCGCCUUCUGGCGAUUGCUCCGCCCUCCGAGCCUGCGUUUCCCCUCCGUCCCCUUCUAAUGGUCGCGUCCGUGGCCUGGAAACCUUUGGAGGGGAAGCGCCACUUCGUCGGAAAGGGUCCGGAUUCUUUUGAAAGGAAAGGUAUUUUUUAGCCUCUCUCCCGCUGUUGUCCGGGGCUCGUCAGAACGAGCGGGAAAACCCGUGAACUCCUGUAGUCCGUCUAUCCAAGUAAAUGUAGAGCCAUGUAGGAAAUGUACGCUGUGAGCCUACAUAUUAUUAUAAAGCCGGUUCCUGGAGAAAGGAGAGGGCAGAGAACUUCGGGGAUUUUUAUUUUUUAUUUUAAUGCUAUCCCACUUCAUAGCUCUUGCUCUUAUCCGCAUUCUAAGCAGUUUGCUGAAAAUACUGGCGCGUUUUUGACUGGUCAGAGAUCAUUUGUCAAAUCGUGUUUUUUGCAGCGUUUCUGAACAGAAAUUGAGCCCCGUUUAAAAGGGUGCUUCAUAAACGGCAGGGGCUGGGACUAGUACAGUGAGGGGGGAAAGUAUUUGAUCCCCUGCUAAAUUUUCCCGUUUGCCCCCUAACGAAGAAAUGACCAGUCCAUAAUUUUAAUGGUAGGUUUACUGUAGCUGUGAGAGACAGAAUAACAACAGGAAAACCCCCAGAAACCCAGAAGACAAAAGUCAGAGACUGAUGUGCAUUAGAAUGAGUGAAAGAAGUAUUUGAUCCCUUUGCAAAAGACGACUUAGUACUCGGGGGCAAAACCCUUGUUUCCUUAUUUCCUCAGCCUACUGGACCAUUGUAACCUCAAGAAGGGGUAGCAACGUUAAGUCUUUUGCAGCAUAAGCAGCAAAGUCUUGUGGCACCUUGAAAGAUUAUCAGAUUUAGAACUGCACAAACUUUCAUGGACUGGAAUCCACUGCAGCACACCUCUACAAAAGCUGACGUCAUAAUAAAUAUAUUAGGCUUUAAUAUGCUGCAGGGUUCUUGUUAUUUUUGGACCAGUAUAAAACUGUGUGAUAUACUCCAUAGCAUUAGUGGACAUAAUUUUGCUGGACAGACCUUACUCAACCAUGAAACCCACCAAAUCUCAAGCCCAGUAUACCAUAAUCUGACAGUAAAAUGGGCUUGAUCCCAUGUAUGCAGCCCUGAGUUCAUUAGAUGAAGCGUGCAGUACAAGUGUGAAAAACUUUUUUUUUAAUCUUAUUUCCUAAUUUUAUAAGGCAUCGAAUGUUCAUGUUUUUCAGUGCCAAACAUUUUACAGUACAUAUAUUGAAAUGUGUUUUGUUGAUGGAGGUGUCUUCUCUGUUCUGUGGAAGGGCAGAAAUAUUUCCACUUUUGCAACUGCAACACACAUAUAAACAAACACAAAAAUCUGUGCAGGUUUUUAAAAAUAAUGUGUAGGUAAAUUGCAAAGUUGGUUCACCAAACUAAACAGCUAGAAACCUUUGGAAGUUGUUAUUAGCUGCUAUUUAUAUCAUGCUUUGUAUGGUGAACUGGUAGUUUAAUUGUACACAUUGUAUGUCUGUUUCAGACAUUUCCCCUUUUACCUCUAUUCUGUGUGUUGGCCUUUGACUGCAAGCAGUAAACAUUGGAUCAUAUUAAUUCAUCAUAAGAGUGGCUCUGUUGUGCAUUCAUUAGAAUUGUUUUUUUGUUGGACUGGACAGGAGAGGGAGAGAGAGAGAGAAGAAAACGUGCAGAUUAAAGAAAUGGAAUAGUGUAAACUCAGUUCAUAUUAGGAAAAAGUGUCAGAGCCCUUGCCUCUGAUAAAUUAUGUAUGCUCACUGGGAAGGUUGAAUGACCCCCCUCUUCCUUAGUAUAUCUGUAUUAUAGAGAAAGCACAACAUAGCUCUAAGGAGCAUGGUGGCCUUCCCCAGCAAAAAAGAAAAAAGACACAAAAUAUCAGAAUGUAAUGGUAAGCAGGAAUUCAAUCUAAAAUAAACCAGCACCUAAAACAUGUUAUGGAAGAUUUAAACAAAGGAACCAGAUCUACUAAAGUUUUCCUCAUUUGAUUUUUCAAAAGAACUGAAAUGCUGGGGAGAACUGAAAUGCCAAAAUAUUUUGAGAAAAUAUUGAUCUCAAUCAUGCUGUUGCUGUUUCCUAGAAGGGAAAAAACAAAAACAAAUACUUGUUCUUUCCAUUGGUACUCUUUUAUCAGAAAUAAACUUUGGGGAAUUAUCAACCAAAUUCUACUUGUCAUGUGCAAAGUUCAAAGGAAGUUCAAAACCUAAGAUGUUUUAAAGCAGGGUACGAAGGCCACUCUCUACUAGAUUUUUUUUUAAAGUACUUGUUGAUCCGUAAACUGUUCCAACAUGAAUGCCGUGGCUAUCAAAGCAACAGGAGAUUCGAUGAAUAUGAAUAUGCUAUGAAUACAAAAUCUCUGCAUUCUGCCAGGACUGUCAAAGACACAAUAUAUUGAUGUUGCCCCAUGCUUUGGGGUGACUUUCUCUUCUUCACAGAUGGUAUCUUUUGCAGACACUGUUUGCAGAUGUGCAGUUGGACAUUGUGCAGUUUCAUGUUGACCUUUUGUUCCACUCAAAGGAAUGACUGGCUAAUUGGCUGUGUUUUAGUUUAGAGAAGAAAUUGUGCUUGCUUGCAUACUCCAUCUUCUCUUUACUUUGUUAUUUAAACAGUGGCAGAGCUGCUGUAGUUUUGAAAGGGCCUUCAGCAAAGUCCUCUCCAGUGGGUCCCAGUCUGCAUUGUUACACCUCUGGCCAGGGCUUAUCUUGCAGCGACAACAGUGAGCGACCCUUUUAAGUCCCUCCAUAACCCUAGUGUACCAUUGCUGUGAGGCAUAGUAGGAAAUUAAGAAGGCUGUCAGCCACUGUUAAGGAAGCCUGUAGCUGAGUAAAAAGGCAUCCAGACUAAUGGACCCUGCCAGGUGGCUGGGAUCCAAGAAACUGCCCCAAAGUGCCAGGUGCUGUCAAUGAAGCUGAACGGAUACCUCUCAAGCUUUAUUUCCAGAAGAACCUAUUCAAUCAAGUGCAUGGGUGAGGUGCCCUAUGCUAAUCCCUCUUAAAAUAUCUAUGGAUUAAGAGCCCUCCAUAUCUUGUUCCACAAUGGACAGAUUUUUUUUAAAAAGUAUUCUUAGAUUAUUAUUUUUUAAAAAUCGUUAUAUAAAAAAUCCUUGUUUUGUCUUUAGAAUUUUAUUUUCACCCCCCCCUUUCUUCUUCCACUUCUCAUAACAGAACAUGGCCAAGGCAAAGAUUGCAGUCAUUGGUGCAGGGCUCAUUGGCCUCUCUACUGCUGUUUGCAUUUCGGAAUCUGUCUCAGACUGCAGCGUAACUGUCAUUGCUGACAGGUUUACCCCCAAUACAACAAGUGAUGUAGCUGCUGGGAUGCUCAUUCCUCAUAUUUACCCAGGUGAGUGGAAUUUCCUUCCUAAGAUGCAAAAUGUAAAUAGGCAUAGAUUUUUACGUUAUGUAUUUAUUUGUUUUCCGUCCUUCUCCCUAAGGUCCCAGGGUGGGUUACAACAUUAAAACACAAUAUUGAAAAUGAUUUUAAGCAACUCACAACAAUAAAAAUAAGGUGGGUCCUUAACAUAUAUGCCUCAAGUGUUAAAAGCGAAGGUAAUGAUGAUUUUCUGUGUUUACUAUCAGCUCCCAAAACAGGCUUCAGAGAGGGGUAACUGUCAUUUUCAGGGCUGAUUCCAUGACAAGUGGAUCAGUGCACCACGAGCAACAAAACACUGAAGUGGUUGCUGUGAAAUGAAUGCUACUGUUGCCAAAUUGAGGUGCUUGUACAGUUGAUUCAUAAUUUACACACAUUUAACUUGUGCAAAUCCAGCUUUAUGUACUUGGCCAAAAAGGAUCCCUCCCACCAUUGCACUCACCUUGGGAGCACGUUCAGAGAUGCAGGGAGAGUAUGUUUUAUUCACGAUUUUGGCUUUAUGCAUUAUCCCUGGAACAUAACCUCCACAUAUGUUUAGCAUCAACUGUACGUCUCUCUCUCUCUUUACAGUAGUUCUAUAAGGAGAAAAAGUAGCAAAUCUAAAAUAUUACACAUCGCACUUGCACCCACUCAAUAAGCUACUAACAUUCUUUGUAAUAUUGCCAGGCUAGGGUCAUUCCAAAACUCCAUCCAAAGAGUACACAGUGCCUGUCAUAGUACCCCUAUUGCUGCAUGCAGACUCUUCCCUGUUCUGGACUCUGUAUGUACACUUUGCUUCCAGGCAGAAAUAUUUGCAUUGUUUAUUUGGCCAUGUUACAUACAUCAUAGAAGCUGGAAAAUAUAUCCGUUCAACUACGUAUGAAGGUAGUCCAUAUUUUACAGGAAGAAGCAGCAAUCACUUUGCAAGACUAGAUUACAAAUCAAACUACCAUCAAGCUCCAUUGUAUUCUAGAUGUUUCACUGAGUAUGGAGAAUAGAGAUAUGAAACUAUAAAUUUAAAACAUCAUUUAAAAUGUGUUUUCUUUCUGCUGUGCAGACACACCGGACCAUCAACAGAAGCAGUGGUUUAAGGAGACCUUUGACUACCUGUCAGUAAUCUGUAAUUCCUCAGAAGCUUCAGAGGCUGGGAUUCAUUUGGUCUCUGGGUAAAUAAAGAAGGCUGUACUAUGCUUACUAAAAGCAGAGGGAUAGGCAAGCCUGUUGGCCAAGCAGAGUCCAAGGCACAUAAAGCAGUGAAGGUCUGGACAGUGCCUGUGUGACUGUUUGGGUAGGAACCCAAUGUACACUGACUUGAGGAAGAAAGGUGGGCUAUAAAUACAAUAAACACAUAAAAAUGUAUGCAUUGGAAUUGUAAUCUAUGGCCAUGUUUUAGAAAGGGAGAGAGACAAAACCAAUAUGCGCUCAUGAAUUACUAGUAUUACGGAAUACUGUGUCCGGUUCUGGGCGCCACAAUUUAAGAUGGACAUUUACAAGCUGGAACAUGUGCAGAGGAGGGCAUGAUCAAGGGUCUGGAAACCAGGCCUUAUGAGGAACAGCUGAAGGAGCUGGGUAUGUUUAGCCUGAAAAAGAGGAGUCUGAGAGGAGAUAUGAUAGCUGCCUUCAAAUAUCUAAAACGCUGUCACAUGGAGCAGGUUGGUUUUCUCCUGCUCUGGAGGGUAAGUAGGACCUGAACCAAUAGCUUCAAGAUACAAGAAAGGAAAUUCUGACCAAACAUCAGGAAGAACUUUCUCACAGUAAGAGCUGUUCAACAGUGGCACUAACAAACUCCCUAGGGAGGCGGUAGACUCUCCUUCAUUGGAGAUUUUUAACAGGUUGGAUGACCAUGUGUCAUGGAUGCUUUACUUGAGAUUCCUGCAUUGCAGGGGGUUGAGCUAGAUGACUCUUGAGGUCCCUUCCAACUCUAUGAUUCUAUGAUGAUGAUGAUUAUUUAAAUUUCUAUACCACCCUUCAUCCGAAUAUCACAAGGUGGUUUGCAAUAUAAAAACAUGAAAAUACAUACCAUAAUAACAAGCAAAAACAAAUACUCCCCCCAUGCAAUUCUAUGACAAUAACAUCCUAAAUGGAACCCUUGGGACAUGCUGUUCCCAGUGUGGUAUUUAUUCCACCCCGCCCCCCCCCCCACUGUCACAUAAGCACAUGUUUUGGUAUCAUGAAUGAAUGGUAAAAAUUUAUUUGGGACUGGUCUCCCAAUGGCUAUUCAUCAUGGUGGCUGUUUAACAGCUUUGUAUUAAAAGCAGUAGAGCAACAGCAGGAGAGGACUGUUGCCACUAAGCCCAGCUUGUGGACUUUACAAAGGCCCUAGUUUGGUUAUGGGGGGAAAUACAUCUUAGGAACAGGUGUAGCAGGAGCACGGAACUACCCCUCCCCCCAAAAACCCCCAACCACAAUUAUAUGAAAUAAUUUUGUUCUUAGAUAAUGAUUUUCCAAGAAAUGUAACAGGACAGAAUGGCUGUGUGUUUUACGUUCCUCCCCCCACCCCCUUUCAUGUCUAUGAGCUGGCAGAUCUUUAAAACCAUUCCUGAAGAGAAGCCUCCAUUCUGGUCUGAUGUGGUUCUGGGGUUUCGCUCGAUGACUGAACAGGAAAUGAAGAAAUUUCCGCAGCACAAAUGUGGUCAGGCCUUUACUACACUGAAGUGUGACUGCCCACCCUAUUUGCUUUGGCUGGAGAAAAGGUAUGAGUGUUUGAAUGGACACCUUGCUAUAACAAAUGAAAGAAUGGUCUUAUUGGAUAAGACCAAGAUCCUUCUAUCCGAGCAUCCUACCUCCACCAGCAGCCAGACAGAUGCCUCUGCAUGCUCACAAGCAGAACGUGAUGGUCCUUUGUCUGGUCAGGGAUGAUGGGGAUUGUAGGACCACAGCUUCCCUGUCCCAGCUUUCAACACACUGUCAUUUUCUUAUUGUGGUGAUGUGAUGCAAAGUGAAACACAGACCAAAUGUUAAGAAAGUGCUCCCUGGUUGUAAUGCAAUGGCACUUCUAUUCUUACACCAUGUUACAACAUGGGCUAGCAGUUCUUGCUUCAAAGCAAUCACACACUGAGUGCUCUUUAUUCUUCCAGUGUGCUGUUUUGACAUAUGAGCAACCUCAUGGGGAACUCAUGCCUUGUCAUGUUUCAUUUUUUAAACAGUCCUGAAAGUGGUGCCGACGCUCAACUAAAUUGCAGAAUCCAUUUAGUAUCUGUCAGGCAGGCCUGUGGGCAAAGGCCUCUGCUGCCCCUCAUUUCUGUCUUACACUCUUGUAAUUUCCCAAAGGAGCUGCCUGAUCCUCAGAGCGAGUCAUUGGCACAAAACUCACUCAAAUGAAUGCUGUUUUGCUGAUAGGCCCGUUUGAAGGAUGGUGUCCAAGUAGCUGAAACAAAUGAUUAAGAUUUCUUUCACUGAGAGGGUCAGAAGGAAGUGUCUAUUAGAUGUGUAAUUUAUUGUGUACCCUCAAGUGCCCUGAGCACUAUUUAUGGUGCUGUUCAUCAAAAGAUACAAAAAGAGAAUCAAUCAUAAGCACUUGGCUGGAACCCACGAGCCACUUCUGUAGGCAAGAAGAGUUUUGAUUGGGGCAUGUCGGCUACUUUUCGACUGUCACAACAAACUUCAGAAACAUUGAAUUGGGAGUGACCUCAAAGCCACAUCCAAUUCAGGAGAUGCAGCUGCAGCAUAAAUGAUGAGCAGCCAGCCAGCCUCUUCUUCAGACCAAAGGAAUUAAGAGUCUACCACCUUCUGAUGCAUUCAGUUCCACGGCAGCAUAAUUUUCAGCUGCAUAAACAUUGCAAUAGCUAAACAAAAACCAACUAAAAUGAAAAAAACCUGGGAAAACAAAAACAUCUUUGCCUCACAGUAAAAGGAUUGCCACUGAGAGGCGGCAUGUCCCAUGAACAACUGAUUUGUUGAAGGCACAAGAGGGUCAUGAUUUUUUAAAAAAGAAUUGUGCCCACCUGUGACGAUGCAUUGGUGCGGCACAGACAAGUGAGAUUUCAGCAUAAACCGAGGGCCAACUUAAUGUCCAUCAGCUCUUGUAUCCUGCUUUAGCCUGACGCUGGGAUGCAUUAUUUUCUGGUAGAGGUAGAUGGGAAAUGUGCGUUUGCUUUUUCAAGGAUGGGCACAAUGAGCAGUUUCCUGUAAUUUUGAUCUAUGUGGGUUUCUGUGUCCUUUUAUUACCAGCCUAGCACAUGUGUUUGCAACGGAACAGAUGUUUUGUAAGAGCACAAAACACCCCUGGGAAAUGCAGCCUCCCUCAAAGCUCUGUUCUCUGACUUUGUUCAGUGCAUUUUUGAUGAUGAUGAUGAUGAUUUAUAGUGUUUAUAACCCGCACUUCAACCGGCAGGUUCACAGGCGGUGCACAAUGUUAUAUUGAUACUUUAAUGUCAAGCAAAACCAAUAACGAUAAUAAAAGCAAUCAAUCCAUCUGCUGAAGAUCAAUUCAUUCGCUCCAAAGACCUGAAGAAAAAAGUACGCAUCCUUAUGUGAUGGCGGGAGGCUGGUGAUGGGGGGUGGGAAGCUUUAUCUUCCAUGGGAGAGAGUUCCACAGUUGCAGGGUCACAAGAGAGAAGGUUUUGUUCUGUGCCAUCAUACCAUGAACCACCACUGUCAAUAGAGCUGCAGGCAGGGCCUUUCAUAUAAAUCUUAAGGCCUGGGCUGGCAGAUGGUGAGAGAGGAGCUCCUUCAAAUUCUUGAGUCUCAAUCUGUAUAGGUCUUUACACAGCACCACCACCACCUCACUCUGGGCAAACAGAGAGCAAACAGGCAGGCAGUGCAGCUCAGCCUCUUAUGUAAUACAGACUCGGAAUUAAAACACAGAGGAGUGAGAAUCAUCGGUAGGAUUGUGCAGGCAAGCUUCUGCUUUAAGUAGCAGAAGCUUCCACAGUGGGUUAAAAAAACCAGAAAAACUUCUGUUUUUCUGAACAGCAAUCUCCAGCACCAAAUCACGAACAGCUCUGAAAGUCUCCUCAGUUCCAUGAUUGACAUGUGAAUUGGUGGGCAACUGUGCGAGAAACAGAAGUCUAAAGUUCUUGUGGGUGCACAAAACUAAUUGCAUGAUACUUUGGAUCUUGACUCAGCAUUUUUCCUGAUCCCUGGAAAAACUGCUCUUUGCCGGAGAAUGAAGGAGAUCACCUAACCUGUGAUUAGUUGUACGUUUCCCACUUGUUCAGUCCUUUGUUAUUCUUUACAAAUUGCAUAUUUUUCCUGCUUAGAUUGUCGAGAGUCAUCGGGACUUACCAAAACACACACACAGCAGCCACACUUUUUUGAUUUUUGUUCCACUAACUUUACAUAAAUGAAGAAGUGUGUAUCUGAAGAAGUGUGCAUGCACAUGAAAGCUUAUACCAAGAACAAACUUAGUUGGUCUCUAAGGUGCUACUGGACAUUUAUUAUUAUUAUUUUAUAUAUUUCGACCAUCAGACCAACACGGCUACCUACCUGAAUCUUUACAUAAAUGAGAUAUUCUACAAUUUGAAUGGAUACUUUAUCUCUUGACUGAACUGGUGGCUAUGAACUGAUAGCUGAAGGAGAUAGGAUAUACUCAGCAAUGUCUAUAAAUGCAUGCUUUAAUUUUAACUGUUAAUUAAUUUUAUUAUUUACACCCCGCCCAUCUGGCUGGGUUUCUUCAGUCACUCUGGGCGGCUCCCAACAGAACACUAAAAACAGAAUAAAACUUCAAAUAUUAAAAACUUCCCUAAACAAAUGGAUCCCAUUUGACUUGUGUACACUUCUGUUCCAUAAGGUUUUUCAAUCUCUUCACUGGUUUUUCUUCUCAACAGUUUCUUUUUUAAAAAAGUAGGAUGAGAUUAUCUGGAUUGCAUAUUGGAACCUUUCUGUUUUUUUCUUUACAUCUUUCUAUUUCACACUAGUCAAAGACCAUCUAAAUUAUCUUAUAUCCUUGGCCCGCAUAACAGUCAGGCAAAACAUUCACACUGAUAGAUAAUGAUUUCACCUCUUGAUUCUUUUUUCUUUGCAGGCUGAAAAGAAAUGGGGGCCAGGUGCAUGCUAGAAAAAUCAGAGACCUAUGGGAGCUCCGGAAUGACUAUGACAUCAUAGUGAAUUGCUCUGGCAUUGGCUCCAGGAAGCUCGUGGGUGACCUCGAGAUACACCCCGUCAGAGGUCAGGUUCUCAAGGUCAAGGCCCCUUGGGUAACACAUUUCAUUCGGGACGGCGAUGGAUUAACCUACAUCUACCCAGGGAUACACAACAUAACGUUAGGUGGGACACGGCAAAAAGGCAACUGGAAGCUGUCUCCAGAUCCCAGUAUCAGCAAAGACAUACUUGGCCGAUGUUGUGCUCUUGAGCCAUCCCUUCAGGCAGCUCAGGAUAUAAAGGUGAGGGUGGGCCUGAGGCCAUCCAGGUCAGCCGUGAGAGUCCAGAAAGAGAUACUGGUUCGAGGCAGUGGAAAGCUUCUGGUGGUGCACAAUUAUGGACAUGGGGGCGGUGGAUUUUCCGUGCACCAGGGUACAGCUAAGGAAGCAACCCAGCUGGUUAAAGAGUGCAUUGCAGCCCUUGAAAUGUCAAGGCAUAAGCCAAAACUGUAG